UAUUUAUAAACCCUUUUCCAAGAUUUGAAGAAAACUAAUUGUUCUAGGAAACACAUACGUGGGCACUAGACAUAUCAUGUAACUUACAAAUACUGCAAAAGAUAAUAUUAUUUCAAGCAACUAACUUUCAAAUUUCAGCAUUAUUAUUUCAUAUUUCAUUGCCCAAGAGAUUAUAACAUAUCAUCAAAACUUGAGUCAAUGGUUCCGGAUGAUUUGGGCAGUGGCAGCAGCCGGAGGAGCUGGCCGGGGCCGGCUGCACCAAGCUUUCGGGAUGUUCUAACAGCUGCUCCUGGUGAUGUUUUCAGUAGCCGGAGAUGGGAGGAAGAGCAGGAGGAGGAGGAGGAGCUGAGAUGGGCCGCCAUCGAAAGGUUGCCUACCUUUGAAAGGUUAAGGAAAGGGGUGCUAAGAAGAGUGCUUGAAGAUGGUAAAAUGGUGAGGAAUGAGAUUGAUCUUCAUAAUAUGGGAAGGCAAGAUAGAAAGGUGUUAGUUGAUACUAUUCUCAAAGUUGUUGAUGAUGAUAAUGAGAAGUUUCUUAGAAGACUCAGGGACAGGAUGGAUAAAGUGGGACUUGAGAUACCAAAGAUUGAAGUGAGAUACGAGCAUCUUUUCGUGGAAGGGAAUGUGCAUGUGGGCAGUAGAGCUUUGCCAACUUUGCUUAAUUCUACAAUGAACUCUAUGGAGGCAAUUCUAGGAAUGGUGGGAUUAUCCCCAUCAAAGAAGAGAACCCUCAAGGUCCUUCAAAAUGUCACUGGGAUUGUCAAACCCUCCAGGAUGACAUUACUUUUGGGGCCUCCAGGUGCAGGGAAAACAACUUUUUUAUUGGCACUUGCAGGAAAGCUGGAUAAAAACCUCAAGGUAACCGGGAAGGUAACAUAUUGUGGCCAUGAGUUAACGGAAUUUGUUCCCCAGAGGACCUGUGCUUAUAUUAGUCAAGAUGACCUUCAUAAUGGAGAGUUGACUGUUAGAGAGACGUUAGAUUUUUCAGGGCGAUGCUUAGGGGUUGGGACUAGGUAUGAGGUGUUGGCAGAACUCUCUAGAAGAGAGAAGCAAGCAGGAAUCAAGCCAGACCCUGAAAUUGAUGCCUUCAUGAAGGCCAUAGCAAUGUCAGGCCAACAAACUAGUCUUGUUACUGAUUAUGUUCUUAAGAUACUUGGAUUGGAUAUAUGCGCUGAUAUCAUAGUUGGGAAUGAAAUGUCAAGGGGCAUCUCUGGUGGGCAAAAGAAGCGUGUAACAACUGGUGAAAUGUUGGUUGGUCCAGCAAAAGUUCUACUGAUGGACGAAAUAUCAACAGGAUUGGAUAGUUCCACCACUUUUCAAAUAUGCAAGUAUAUGAGGCAAAUGGUUCAUAUAAUGGAUGUUACAAUGGUCAUCUCUCUCCUACAACCAGCUCCGGAAACUUGUGAACUCUUUGAUGAUGUUAUCCUUCUUUCUGAAGCUCAGGUUGUUUAUCAAGGUCCUCGUGAAGAAAUUGUCGAGUUUUUUGAAUAUAUGGGCUUCAAAUGCCCAGAGAGGAAAGGAAUAGCUGAUUUUCUCCAAGAAGUGACUUCCAAGAAAGAUCAAGAACAGUAUUGGUCUAGGAAGGACCAACCUUAUAGUUACAUUUCAGUUUCUGAAUUCACUCAGGGAUUCCAAUCUUUCCGAACUGGGCAAAAGCUAGCAUCCGAUCUUGUAGUUCCUUUUGAUAAAUCCAAAGCUCACCCAGCUGCUUUGGUCAAAGAAAAAUAUGGUAUCUCUAAUUGGGAGCUUUUUAAGGCUUGUUUCUGGAGGGAGUGGUUGCUAAUGAAACGAAACUCUUUUAUAUACAUCUUCAAGACUACACAAAUAACAAUCAUGUCAUUAAUUACAAUGACUGUUUUCCUUAGGACGACAAUGGAUCAUAAAACAAUCAAUGAUGGCAACAAAUACCUCGGGGCCCUAUUUUUCAGUCUCAUUAAUAUUAUGUUUAAUGGUUUUGCUGAACUGUCCUUGACAGUUCUUCGCCUACCAAUCUUCUAUAAGCAGAGGGACUUCAUGUUCUACCCUGCAUGGGCUUAUGCAUUACCAGGUUGGGUCCUUAGAAUCCCAUUAUCAUUCAUGGAAUCAGCAAUAUGGACCAUUCUCACCUAUUACACAAUUGGUUUUGCUCCAUCUGCUAGUAGGUUUUUCUGCCAGUUGCUGGCAUACUUCUGUAUUCAUCAGAUGGCUUUGUCCCUCUUUCGGUUCAUUGGAGCUGCAGGGAGAAUCAUGGUGGUCGCUAACAAUGUUGCUAUAUUCGGAUUGCUGUUAAUUUUUGUCCUUGGAGGUUUUAUAAUUGCAAAAGGUGAUAUUGGUCCGUGGAUGAUAUGGGGCUACUACAUUUCACCUAUGAUGUAUGGACAGAAUGCUUUAGUUAUUAAUGAGUUUCUUGAUGAGCGAUGGAACACUCCUAAUACAGACCCCGGAAUUCCUGAGCCUACCAUUGGUAAAGUCCUCCUUGCAUCUAGAGGCUUCUUUAAAGAGCAAUAUUGGUUUUGGAUCAGUAUUGUUGCUCUUUUGGGGUUUUCUCUCCUGUUCAACCUGUUAUAUAUUCUAUCAUUGACGUUCUUAAGUCCUUUUAGCGAUUCAAAAACCGUAUUAUUGAAUGAUGAUGAUGAUGAUAACAAAAUGAAUAAGAAGCCAUCCAAGGAAAGACUUAAUAAUCUGGAUGCAGCUAUGAAUUUGCAUUCAGGGAGUAUUAAUUCACAUGUUGAAGCCCCCAGAAGGGGUAUGGUUAUGCCUUUCCAACCUCUUUCACUUGCAUUCAACCAUGUCAGUUACUAUGUGGAUAUGCCUGCUGAAAUGAAAAACCGAGGUUAUGAAGAAGAUCGCCUUCAACUACUACAAGGUGUCAGUGGUGCUUUUAGGCCUGGUAUAUUGACAGCACUAGUGGGUGUGAGUGGUGCUGGAAAGACCACACUAAUGGAUGUGCUGGCUGGAAGGAAGACUGGUGGUUAUAUUGAAGGCAGCAUUAGCAUAUCUGGUUACCCAAAGAACCAAUCAACCUUUGCUCGGAUAUGUGGCUACUGUGAACAGACUGACAUUCAUUCACCACAUGUCACUGUCUUUGAAUCUCUUAUGUACUCAGCCUGGCUUCGUCUUUCUUCUGAUGUGGAUACAAAUACACGUCAGAUGUUUAUUGAGGAAGUAAUGGAUUUGAUUGAGCUUAAACCAUUAAGAGAUUCUCUGGUUGGCCUUCCUGGUGUUAAUGGACUGUCAACAGAGCAAAGGAAGAGAUUGACAAUCGCAGUAGAGUUAGUUGCUAAUCCUUCCAUUAUCUUUAUGGAUGAGCCAACAUCUGGGCUUGAUGCCAGAGCUGCUGCCAUUGUAAUGCGCACAGUGAGAAAUACAGUGGACACUGGUAGAACUGUUGUCUGCACCAUUCAUCAGCCAAGCAUAGAUAUAUUUGAGGCUUUUGAUGAGCUCUUAUUGAUGAAGCGGGGAGGACAAGUUAUUUAUGCAGGCCCCCUUGGACGUCAUUCCCAUGAGCUGAUUGAAUACUUUGAAGCUAUUCCUGGAGUGCCUAAGAUCAAGGCUGGCUAUAAUCCAGCCACAUGGAUGCUAGAUAUUAGUACUCCUCAAGUAGAGACUCAAUUGGAUAUGGAUUUUGCUAUAUAUUAUGCUACUUCCUCGCGUUAUCAGAAGAAUCAAGAUCUCGUUGAAGAGCUCAGCAUUCCGUCACCAGGUUCCAGUGAUCUCUACUUCCCAGCUAAGUACUCUCAGCCAUCCUUCGUUCAAUUUAAGGCUUGUUUCUGGAAGCAAUAUUGGUCAUAUUGGAGGAAUCCACAGUACAACCUAGUUCGAUUUGCUUUAACCAUAGCUGUUGGUCUCAUCUUUGGUGUAGUAUUCUGGAACAAGGGACGUAAAAUAUCCAAAGUACAAGACCUAAUGAACUUUUUAGGAGCUAUGUAUUCCGCUUUACUUUUUCUUGGAGCCACUAAUGCUUCAGCUGUGCAAGCUGUUGUUGCCAUUGAGAGGACAGUAUUCUAUCGUGAAAAAGCAGCAGGGAUGUAUUCACCAUUGCCCUAUGCAUUGGCUCAGGUGGCAAUAGAAACAAUCUACACUGUGAUACAGACAGUUCUCUACACCCUUAUCCUCUACUCGAUGAUUGGAUUUGAGUGGAACUUCGGAAAAUUUAUUUAUUUCUGCUACUUUAUAACAACAUGCUUCAUCUACUUCGGAAUGUAUGGAAUGAUGCUUGUCUCUCUUACACCUGGUCCUCAAGUUGCAGGCAUUGUGAUGGGUUUCUUCCUCAGUCUCUGGAAUCUAUUUGCUGGUUUUCUGAUACCCCGACCGCAAAUACCGAUAUGGUGGAGAUGGUACUACUGGGCUUCCCCGGUUUCAUGGACUCUGUAUGGCCUUGUGACUUCGCAAGUAGGCGAUAAGACUUCACUUAUUGAAAUACCUGGAUCCAGCAGUAUGUCUGUGCAGGCUUUCCUCAAAGAUUACUUGGGUUAUGAAUAUGACUUUCUGCCUAUUAUUGUUAUUGGACAUCUUGGUUGGGUCCUCCUCUUUUUCUUUGUCUUUGCCUAUGGCAUCAAGUACCUUAACUUCCAAAAGAGAUAAAAAAAAUUAAGUAGGGAAAUCUUAUGAUACUCCCUCCAUUUCGGAUUAAUUGUUGCGUUUGCUUUUCGAGAUCAAACUUUAAAAGUUUACUUUUACUCAUAUAUACAUCAUAGAAGUAUGAAAUUUGAUAAAAGUAUUUUUAUUUUAUGAAGCUUCAAUAUGAUAAAAAACAAAGUUUGUUCUCGGAAAGCAAAAGCUACAGCUAAUAUAGAAUCGAGGGCAUAAUAUUUUAGCAAACCAAAAUGCUAUUGUUGUAAUAAAGUUAGAAUAGGAAGUAUAUUGUGUGAUUAAUCAGAGGUAAUUAGGUAAGGAAUACAGAUGAAAAAUCUUAGUAUAUUUUCCUCAUAUUUAUUAUUUUAUUGUUUUGAAAUAUCACUGUAAUUUUCAUUUAUUUUAUUUUUAUUUUAUGAUUUUGAGGCAAGUUAAGAUUGUAAUUUUGUACACAAUAAUUAAAAGAAAUGGCGUAAAGAUUACUUACUCAUUACAUAUCCUACUAUUCGUUUGGUUCUAUGAGCUUUUGUCACAUACUCUCUCUGUUACAUAAUAUAUUGCUUAUUUUUAUUUUCAUGAUUAAACUUUUAAAACAAAUUAUA